AUGGCCCUCGGCUUCACGUGGGCGCACGUCAUCGGCGACAUCCCCUCCGCCGCCGCCUGCUUCAGCAAGUGGGCGCAGCUCUUCAGCGGCCAGAAGGCCCCAGCAUCAACCCUGCGAGACCCACUCGCCAUGCCGCCGUCGGCGGCCCCACCAGCCAGCGUGGCGGCCCCGCCGCCGUCGGUCAAGGCCACCGCCGCGCCCGUCGGCGAUCACUGGGCGGUCCCGACCACCCCGACGGCCGACGUCGCCGAGCUGGGAGCGCUGCUGGCCGGCGCGCACCUCGAGGAGGCCAGCGCGGUCGUGGCGGCGGAGUUCGCAGGAGCGGAGGGGGAGGACGCCGACGUGGUCGUGUACGGCGCCAACCUGACGUUCGUCGACGCCGAGGGCCUGGAGGUGUACGCUGGGCUGGAGCUCGCGGGGCGGCGCCCGGCGCACGUGGAGUACGCCGUGGACGGCGUCGGCGACGGCGGCGCGGCCGUCGUGCACCGCGACGCCGGCGGGCGGGGCCGCACCGUCGCGGCCGUCCUGCGCCGCGGCGAGGCCGACCGCCUCCGUUCCGCGAUCCGUGACGCGCUGCGCGUCGCUGCGUGA